AUGCACAUCCUGCGCCUCCGGUUCUCCAGUGCCCUCCAGUGCAGCUCGACGCGCCGGACCUUCUCGAGCAGUAGCCUACGCCGCAAUGUGGUCGACCUUGCGUUCCAUCGACACGAGCCGCCGGACAAAACGGGCAUCAAAGGCCCGCCCAUUAUCGUGAUGCACGGCCUGUUCGGGUCGCAGAGGAACAACCGCACGCUCAGUAAAGCACUAGCCAAAGACCUGUCGCGACCAGUCUACACGAUCGACCUACGCAACCACGGCGACAGUCCUCACUCACCGGUCCACGACUACUCAUCGAUGGCGGAGGACGUGGAGCACUUCCUCAAGAAGCAGAACAUUGUGCGGCCGACCCUGAUCGGCCACUCGAUGGGAGCCAAGGUGGCCAUGACGCUCGCACUGCGCGCCCCAGGCCAAUACUCGGGGUUGGUCCCCGUCGACAAUGCGCCGGUGGACGCGGCGCUGAAGUCGGAUUUCGGCAAGUACGUGCAGGCGAUGCGCGAGGUCGAGGAGCACCAACCCCCGAUCACCAAGCAGAGCGAAGCCGACAAGAUCCUGGCCAAAUACGAGUCCGACCUGACCAUCCGGCAGUUUCUGCUGACCAACCUGGUCAAAAAGCCGGCGGGCGGUGACGACCACCACGCCCACCGCACCGGCGAACACCGCCACGCACAGAAGACAGAGCUGCGUUUCCGCAUCCCCUUGCACACCCUGGCCAAGGCAUUGCCCGCCAUGGCCGAUUUCCCGUUCAAGGACCCUGACCAGGCUCGCUACGACGGCCCGACUCUGGUCGUUCGUGGCAACAAAUCUCACUAUGUCGCCGAUGAGACGCUGCCUCUGAUCGGCCGCUUCUUCCCACGCUUCGAGUUGCUGAGUUUUGACUGUGGCCACUGGGUCAUGAGCGAGAAGUUCGAGGAGUUCAGGGCCGGGGUGGUCGAAUGGGUUGGAAGGGCUGUUGACGAGGAGGAAAGUUCGAGCUGA